UUUCGGCUCUUUAUAUGUAUCUAAACCCUUAAUCGAAUCGCUGGUAAAGGAUUCAGUAGAAAAUCAGAUGCGGGUGAGCAGCCAAAGCUAAAUUUCUCCGGAAAACGAGGUCACACCGAGAUAUCCACUAACUGACCAGUCGAGUUUCGAUCGUCCACGAAGGAACAUCCUACGAAGAUGUCCUCUCGUCGUAACUGAACCCAUGACCGAGCACGAAAAAUGAGGAUCCUGUGGUUACUCGUCUUCACGAUUCUUUCUAUUCAACCCUCCACGUGGGCCAAGAGAGGCAUUGGUUCGAAAGAACAGUCUCGGAUUUCCGCGAGCAAGGAUCCGCUGUCCCGAGCGAAGAACAGAGACUCGAGCAUGAAGAAGUUGCAGGAGUUGUUGAAGAAAGCGUCGAAUUCUAGCUCGAACGCGACCAGACAGGUGACAGUCACCAGACAAGGUCCUUGUGAAUGCGCAGGAGGUGUUUGCAAUUGCUGUUCCAGAAUUUUAUUCGAAACCUGGAAGCAAAAGGCUUGCGUGGACGUGACGUACGAUCCUGACGAGUUCAGCUUCACCGCGAAAAUCAUGAUGAACGAUAGGGUAUUGUUCACCAGAACGGUGUCUGGAAAAAAUCCCAAGCCAGUAUGCGUGUCGGUGCCACGACUUCAGAUUGUCAAAGCCUGUGCUAGCUUUUACAACAUAUACUUUCUUGGUAGGAAUAUUCACAUGUGUUUAAACAUGGAGGGGAAAUUUCAAGAUAUCACCGUGUUUAAAGUUGGUUUGGACUGCAUCAGAUUCGGUGCUGACGGACUGGCUAUGAUCAAACCGGAAGAUGGAGGUGGACUGGGUCAAAUACAAUUUUUGUCAGGUGGUAACGAUGACCAGGAUGAGGACGACUAUAAUUACGACGACGAUGAGGAGGACUUUCUUGAUAUCUGAGGAUAUUUCAGAUUUUUUUCCUGGCCAACGUGAAUAUACUUAAUAAGAGCAUAAUUAUGACAGAAUUUUGAUGAUUUCAAUUUUUUCUGAAAUAAUUGUGUUUACAGAUGAAUGUAUAUAAUAUGUAUCUAUUUGUGGGCAAGAAAAAUAAAUAAAAAGAUGGAUUUAAACCACUUAACGUGGUGGUAUCAAGAAAAAAUUGAAAGUAAGAGAUACUUCCCUUUUAAUCUUUUAAUUACUAUUAAGUUGAAAGGUGAUAACGCUUAUCCAUUUAAUUUGUGAGCGGCAAAUAAUGUGUUCAAACACAAGUGGCUGUCGUGUACGUCAAUCUAUAAUCAAACAUGUUAGAUAAAUAUAUUUUUUUUCACAAUAUCUAUCGAUUUCAAUUUUCUAUGACCUUGUUACCGAUCGAACUAAUUGCCAGCGAUGUUGAAAACAGUAUGUACUCCAAGUGGCACAAUUGCGCAGCAGCAUUACAAGUGUCAUUACGUAGGGCUCCAUUGAUCCCACCAAUCCUACUUUCAAUUGAUAACUUAUGCAUAAUUAGCGUGGAAAUAUAAUAGCCGAUCGCAGCGCAAUUUCAGUUUUCAGGGAAAAUCGGUCAGUUACGGACGGAUCUUCAGCUACCUCUUUACUGUCUCAGAAUGAUGUCGACCAAAGCAGUCAACAUAAUCCUGCUGCUUCUCGCAGUGC